AUGCCUCGUAAAAAGCCUACCACGAAAUUAGGAGUUUAUGGAAAAUAUGAUUUCAAUCCUGAAAAAGCUGUUGAACUCUUUUUUGAAUCUAAAUUGCAAAAUUCUUUUUAUAUCAAAAAGCCUGCUUGGGAUUGUCCACGUGAAGGAUUUGAGCUUUCUGGAAUCCAAAAUGAACGAGAAUUGUUUAAUGUGUCACGAGAACAAGAAGAGAUGCGUGCAAAAGCGACGAAAGCAUCCAAAAUAAAUGAAAAAAGAAUUUUGGAGAUAAAUGAUGUUCAGGAAAGUUUGAGGCAACAAUUUGUCGAAGUGAAUGAUUUCAUUCAGAAUUGCAAGGCAAAAGAAGCAGAAGCCCAAAAGAAUAUAACUGAAGAAAACGAAAAGCAGAAAGUGUUAAAACAUGAUAUUGAGAAACUUAAAAAAGAAGUCGUAGAGUUGGCUGAAUUUGAAACAUCAUUGCAAGAGAUUGUUAAAAAAUUUCAAAUCUAUGAAGAUAUCAUCAACCAAGUAGUAAAAGAAUCAGACUUUUUUGAUAAUGUAGAUGAUUUGAUGGCAAAAUGUGAUGCUCUCAUGCUUGCUCAAGUUGAAAUUUCCGAAAUGGAACAACAGAAGAUCAAAUCAGUCGAAGAUAUACGUCAACAAAUGGUUCGUGCAACAAACAAUGCUGCCCAAAUAAUCCUUUCGUUGGACAAUGAACUAGAUGAAUUAGAACGUUCGUAUUCGACUAUCAAACAAGAAAGUCUGAAAUGGGAAAAGAUUUUAGCUACAACAAAAGAUCACAUCUCCGAUAACGAACUAAUUACCAACCGCUUGUUAGAUUCAAUCAAUCAACUUUACCGUCUAUUGUGUAAGAGAAAUGAUGUAGAAUCCAAGUUUUUACGUACAAAUCCUGAAGCACAACUGGAUUACAUCAAAGACGAGAUAGAAAUGUUACAGAAAAUAUCAUCAUUAGCUCAUUUGAAGUUACACAAGGAAUUGAAAAGUAGCUCUGUAGCUGAGAAAGGUACAAAGUCGAAAAUCAAAAAUGCGUUCUUGCAAAAAUACAAAUAAAAUGUAUCUCGAAACGAUUAUUUUUAUGGGAAUAAUAAAAUUAGC